AUGUUCGAGGACGACGUUUCUCGGAAGCCACACAGUCUACUGUCAGUAGUCCGGAAAUUUCUUCCGAAAGAGCUGAUCCCUCCAACCUGGAAAUGCGAAGGCGACGAUCUUGUCAAAAACGUCCAGAAUCUUAUACAAGAGGGAAACAAGCUACUCGGCAUGUUUGAAACCAGCACGAUACUUUGGCACGAAAUGUACAGCUAUAUGAAUUUCCCAAGAUGCCUCGAAUAUUUCAACUGGCAUGCAGCAGAAAGAAUCGCACCAUUCCCUUAUUUUCACAAAAGUGUGAAUGGAAAGUUUUGCUUGUAUCGAAACGAUCUGUACAAAAUGUUCGAUUAUUGGGAUAAAACCCCAUUGCCAGGGUCGCAUGAAGGCAUAUUGGCCGAAGCGGUUCUGGAUCGUUGCUGGCACAAACUUAUAAAUGGAAGUCAUCACGAACUGAUUGUAUGUCCGGAGAAACCGAUUAAUAUGCAACGCCAAUUUCCACCUCAUCGAGCUUUUACUGAAAAAAUUACGAGCGAAAAAUAUGAGCAAUUCGUGGAAGAAUGGAAGCAGGAGAUGAAGGAAAGAAUCAAUAAUUUGGAUGAUUUCAUUUUGACGACUUUGGACAAAUUGCUCAAACAAUGUCCAGGUCUGAAGUUUUCUACUGAAGAGCUUGCAAGAAUUAUUUCAUGGGUUGGAUACGUUAUCGGAAACGUCAAAGAUUAUGCCAUAAAAGGACAUAUUCACUUGCCUCCUCUUAAUUCUGAAUGCGGAUGGAAACCACUCAUCCGAAAGUUUUCAUUCGACUGUAAUCACUUUGUGAUGGCUGACGAGUUGGUCGAUACUCUAAAGAAACUUCGUGUGGAUGUCAAUUGGCUCGAGAAUGAAGUAGCUGAGAUGCCCGAUCUCUCAACAUUCGCAUACAAUGAAAUUGAAGAAAAAAUCGGUGAAACCUAUUAUGCCAUGCUGGAAUUCGUGGACAUUGAAAUAACUCAAUUUCUAUUCACCCAGUCCCCCAUACCUAGUGUUCGUUAUGACGACUUCUGUCUCCUCGCAGUGGAUGCUCUCCACGAGAUUCUGAUGGAUAUGAUUCUGGCGAAGAAAGUUUUUCAAAAAAUCACACCAGAGGAUGGAAACAUUGUCAUAGAGUUUUUGGAGUCUUUGAAGUUUUACUUCGAUCCGAGCAGAGACAUCUUCUUUGUGGAUAUAAAAGUCGUUGAUGCCAUCAAAACGUUAUGGGAGGAUAUCUACGUUCACAGAAUGAAUCAAGACGCAUCAAAAGCUAAACUGAUAAUCAAAACGAAAUCGGAGAAGUUUGAAGAAAAGGAGUUGUGCAAGACGCUCGAUUUUUUGGAACUUUACAAAUUCUUCGACAACAUCAAAGGAUAUGCAAACAAGGUCCAUAAAAACCUGGCAGGGCAGGAUGCUCUCACGCCGAGACACGUGCAUGUUGCUGUUGCACUGUGCCAAAUCAACUGUCUCGCUCGGAAAGUGUCAUGGAUGCUGGAUUUUGUUCACAUGCAAAAAGCGUGCCCUUGGUUUGGUAUUGUGGACUGUGAGCGGUGUCGGGACGAACGUGAGGAGCAGUGA